AGCCCAAGGUCACACAGCCGGGGAGGGAGGUCCUGUGAUUUCAUGCAAUUCUCCCUGACCACAGAACCCCAGGGAAAGACCUGAGUGAGUGGUUGCAGCUCUGUGCUGGCAGCUGGGUGCCCUGGUCGAAUUCUUUCUCCUGAGGAAGCAAGAGCUGAAGUUCCUGUGGGCUCCGAUGGAUGCCGCGGAAAACUCAGGGUAUCUCAGAUCUCUGCUACCACUAACACUGAAGAGACCAUCAAGCUUCAGAUGAUCGUACAACAAAGGUUCCAGCCAGUUCUAGGUGAAGACACCACUGCUGGCCAUGAAAGAGCUACCCUGCCUCCACUAGACAGAGCAGGGAACACCAGGUGAUGGUGCAGAUUGAGCUGUGGAUUCACCUAGACAAAUACCCCCUUGGGGUUCACUUCCUACCCAAGAAGCUGGAUGAGGCAGUGGCUGAAGUCCACCUGCACAGGCUAAAUGUGAAGUUGACCAAGCUGACUGAGAAGCAGGCCCAGUACCUGGAGUUACAUAGAAAGCCUCAAAUAAUAGAAAAUUGCCAUCUUAGAUCAAGAAUAAGAAUCAUUCACCAACAAAAAUUACCAAGCACCAACUAAGUAUCAGCAUCACACGUGUUAAAGAUGCAAGCGUGAACAAGCAGAUGGAAAUCUUACCCCAUGGAGCUCACAGGAAUGGUGUCCCCAGUUGGGCCGCUGGCAGCUUUGCCACAGUAACAACAGUGAUGCAGACCCUGGCUUUCUACCAGCAGUGGCAAAACAGUUCAUUCUGCCUGACGAUCCCUCCUUGCUGAACCCAGCCUGCCCUUCAGGCUCCAGCCGCACUGACAGCCAGCUCAGGUGAGAACAGUUGCCUUCCUCUCCAUCUCAGAGGCAGUCCCUUCACAAGAAGAUCUGAAAUACUUGAAGUGAAUCAAAGGAGCCAUUAUGUCCCUGUCCUCCAGCCUAAAGAGUCUCCUCACCGUCUGUGUCCUCGCUGCUUUUGUUUCCAGCACUGUGGUAGAGAGUUACAAAUGUGCACAAUGUGAACUUGAAGAGUGUAACAAUGACAAUAAGAAAACUUGUGAUCCCUCUCACGGCUGCUUCAGUGAAAAGAAAGAACUUAAUACGACAGGGCAGCGGCCCCAGAGUAUCCUGAGGAAAGGCUGUUCUUCAAGCAAGUGUGAUCCAAAGGCCUUCUCAGCCACACUGGGGGAUAAGCACACAUUUGGGUAUGGCUAUCAAUGCUGCCAAGCUGAAGAGUGUAACAAAGCGGACUUCCAAGUGGCUCGGAAGUCCUCAGCUCCCAAUGGCAUUACCUGUCCUGCCUGCUACAAUGACCAGGGUUUUACCUGCCAACCAACUGACCUCGCCUGUAAAGGGGAAGAGAAUAAGUGUCUUGAGUUUGUAGGCACAGUUAAGGGUGCCCAACCAGUAUUUGGUAUGGGUUGUGCAACUGAAACUGCUUGCAACUUGAGGAAUAUGGAAGUGACAAAUGACGUAAGAAUCCAUACCUACUGUGUAGGCAGCGGUAGUGGAAGCCCCCAGCUGACAUCCAUCAUCUCAUCAAUUCUGACUGCUCUCUUUCUGCUGAAAGUCUUGCUUUGAUCUCUGAGGCACUUCCAAGCCCAUCUACAAAUAUUUCUAAGCACUUCUGUAAACCUGAAAAAGUUGGAGACCUUGAAUGUCUCCCUCCCUGCAACACUGCCUACCCACAACAUCAGAGAAUUAAAAAGCUGAUAUG